GGUGAAUUUAGUUUCGCUUAUGUGUGCGCAUUUAUUUAAACGCACCAGCUGUGCGCGCGUAAUGUUAUCGAUAGCAAACGAUAACCAGCGAAGCCAAACAGCUGUUCUUACGCGAUUUACCAACACUCUCAACAUAAAAAUUCACUACGCUACGCGAAGUUGCUCCAGCAAGCAACACAGAGAGAGAGUUUCGGUUUCUUUGAAUCAAAAAUAAACAAAUUAUAAUUACAAGGCAUUAGUGCAAGCAGUGAUAAGGUGCAAAUGCUAACAAAAUGGGCAAUCAAUUGGUUGGCAUUGCACCCUCGCAGAUCUAUGCAGUGGAACACUACUUUUCAGGCCAGUUUGGCAAUGAAAUCAUUUUCGACUUAAAUAUGGGCAGCACGCGAUUCUUUAAAGUUGCCAAAGCCAAAACAGAGGAAGGUUUAAUUGUGGUCAAAGUGUUUGUCAAACAUGAUCCCACUCUACCGCUGGAGGAUCACAAGGAACGCCUGGAGAGCAUCAAGAAAACCUUAACGCUUGCCAAUGCGGUCAACUGUUUGCCUUUUCAACGAGUGGAGCUGAUCGAUAAGGCAGCCUACAUAAUGCGAGAGUAUGUAAAGCACAGUCUUUACGAUCGUGUCUCCACUCGACCAUUUCUUACGGUGCUGGAGAAGAAGUGGAUUACCUUUCAAAUACUGUGUGCUCUGAACCAGUGUCACAAGCAAAAGAUCUGCCAUGGUGAUAUUAAGCUGGAGAACAUUUUAAUCACUUCUUGGAAUUGGAUUUUGUUGUCCGAUUUUGCUUCAUUCAAGCCAACUUAUCUGCCCGAAGAUAAUCCAGCUGAUUACACAUAUUUCUUUGAUACAAGUCGACGACGCACUUGUUAUAUUGCUCCUGAGCGUUUUGUUAAGACUUUGUCCGCCGAGGAUGAUCCCAACAAUGGCAACAUGUCGGUGAUUCACUCUGAUUCAAUUAUUCGUGUGCCGCCUUCGUAUGCGGGUAACACUUUGCUGCCUGCCAUGGACAUCUUUUCGGCUGGUUGCGCCUUGCUUGAGCUCUGGACUGAGGGCACAGCUCCUUUUGAGCUGUCCCAACUGCUCGCUUAUAGAGCUGGUGAUCGCGAACUGGUGAAGAAGCAUCUGGCUGGCAUUGAGAACGAACGUUUGCGUAAUUUGCUUGCCUCCAUGAUUGACAUUAAUUCGCUGAACCGCAAGAGUGCCGAGGAUUAUUUGGAUCAGGAGCGAGGCAAACUAUUCCCGGAAUAUUUCUACUCAUUUCUGCAGUCUUACUUGCAAAUGUUCUCAUCGACGCCCAUCAUGUCGCCCGAUGACAAGAUACAAUGUCUGCACAAGGACAUUGGUCACUGCAUCAAGGUGCUGACACAAGCCGAGGAUUUGACGCCCAGUGAGGAUGACGAGGACCAGCAGACUCAAGAGAAAAAGGAUCCAAAGCGAUGUGAACGUUUGCCGCCUGAGCAGGAUGGCUUGAUACUAAUCAUCACAGUGGUCACUUCGUGCACUCGAGGACUGAAACAGUCCAACACAAAAAUAGCAGCACUGCAACUGCUGCAAAAACUAUCCAAGUACACCACAUCCGAGACCAUAUUGGAUCGCAUAUUGCCCUACAUUCUCAAUUUGGCGGAGAACUCACCAGCCAAGGUUCAAGUACAGGCGAUUGAAACCUUGACUGCCUGUCUUAGCAUGGUGAAGGACAUUCCUCGCAGCGAUGCCAACGUUUUUCCCGAAUACAUACUGCCUUACAUCACGGAUUUGGCCAGCGAUUCAAGCGCUGUCAUUGUGCGCGUGGCUUUUGCCCGCAAUAUUGCUGCGCUAGCCAAGAGCGCUGUUUACUUUCUGGAGGAGACGCAGCGUAAUGCACCCAACGAUAUGCCCACACCACGUUACGAGGCGGAGCUGAAUGCGCUGCACGAUAUUGUGCGGCAGGCGGUGCUUAGUUUGCUCACCGACACGCAGCCCAUUGUCAAGCAGACGCUGAUGGAGUCGGGCAUCUGCGAUCUGUGCGCAUUCUUUGGCAAGGAGAAGGCCAACGAUGUGAUACUAUCACACAUUAUGACUUUCCUCAAUGAUGAGGAUAAGAAUCUGCGAGGUGCUUUCUACGAUAACAUCGCUGGCGUUGCAGGCUACGUGGGUUGGCAGGCGUCGGAUAUAUUGGUGCCACUGCUACAGCAAGGAUUCUCGGAUCGCGAAGAGUUUGUCAUCGCUAAAGCCAUCAGAGCUGUAACCAUACUCAUUGAGUUGGGUCACAUACGCAAGCCAACUGUGACGGAGAUUGUCAAGGAGACCGCCUGCUAUUUGUGCCAUCCUAAUUUAUGGAUACGUCAUGAGAUUUGUGGCAUGAUUGCGACCACGGCGCGCAAUCUGAGCGCCAUUGAUGUACAGUGCAAGAUUAUGCCCGCCAUUGGCAUGUAUUUGAAGGCGCCACUUAUUCAAGUGGAGAAGCCGCACAUACUGCUCGAUUGCCUACAGCCACCUAUUCCCAGGCAGAUCUUCGACAGCGUGCUGCGCUUCUCAGACAUUCAUCCCUUCUAUGGCGCUCUAGAUGAACGUGUGCGUCAACGCAUGGCUGCACGAGACGGCGCUCAGCCGCAGUACGAGGACAUGGGACAAACUCUGCGCAAUCUUUUCAGACGCCUCACCUCGGAGGGAUUGACGGACGCGAUUGAGCUGCAAUUGCUGGAGAUGAGUCCGUUUAUCAUUUCGCAAAAGCAUAAGACUAUGCAAGAUCUGGAUGAUCCGGCAUCAGGAAAUGGACGCAUUGUGGUCAGUCGCAAACAUGUGGCCUGUCAUGAAUAUCCACUGGCGGACAAGGUCAACAAGUUGCCGCUGGACAAUCGUGCCAGCGAUGCCCAUGUUCCCACUUUGGUGUCGCCCGCUUCGGAUGCAGCCGUCACGCCCCACAUUGUGCUAGCUGCUGGUUCCUCUGGCAGUCCCGCCUCCGGAGUCAUGAUGCUGGGCGUACCGACGACAACAGUGAGCACAGCCACCUCGCUGGGCGAAUAUACGAUGCCGGAUCGCAAUUAUUCACUCGAACGUUCGUCCGAGUGCUGCAAGGAUCUGGAAUCACUGACGUUGAAGAUCAAGCGGCGCUAUAAUGUGCUCGCUUUGUCGCAGCGUUGCAACUACGACAAGCUGGUGACGCCGUAUCCGUCCAAUUGGCGUAUGAAUGGCACGCUUGUGGCGCAUCUUCACGAGCAUUCCGAAUCGGUAAUUAAACUGGCGCCACUCCGCCCUGAUGGAUCGUUGUUUGCUAGCGGCAGCAUCGAUGGCACCGUCAGACUGUGGGACUGCAGUAAACUCAAUGGCAAUCAGGGCAUCAACAAGUCCCGUCAAGUGUAUUCAGCGUUGACGCCGAUCUAUGCGCUGGCUGCUUGUGAUGCAGGACAAUCAUUGGCAGUGGGUGGCAAGGAUGGAAGUCUACUCAUUAUGCGCAUUGAUCGCAACUCCACCAAGAUGACGCUGCAGCAGGCAUUGGAUCAGAAUGAACAUAACGAUGGACCCGUUGUGGACAUGCAUGCCUAUGAUCAGGCGGCGCAGAGCGUCAUUGUCUAUGCCACGCUCUAUGGCGGCAUUGUCGCCUGGGACACGCGCAUGCAACACAGCGCCUGGCGGUUGCAGAAUGAGCUGCGGCAUGGCGUCAUUACCACCAUUUGUGCGGAUCCCACGGGAUCUUGGCUGGCCACUGGUACCAGCGGUGGCAAACACAUCUGCUGGGAUCUGCGCUUCCGACUGCCCAUCACUGAGAUUAAGCAUCCCGCCGACUCGUGGAUUCGCAAAGUCGCUUGUCAUCCCACAGAGCCAUCUUAUUUGAUCUCGGCCUCGCAGUCCAACAACGAGGUGUCCGUCUGGAACAUUGAGACGGGCCAACGGCAGACAGUGCUCUGGGCUAGCCCGGCACCAGUUUUGACCAACACCAGUCUCAAUGAUCCGGCGACAUCUUGUGGCAUUCUGAGUGGCGUCGUCGAUGGCUCGCCAUUCAUAUUGACAGGCAGUUCAGAUCAGCGUAUUCGCUACUGGGAUCUGGGUGCGCCAAAGAACUCUUCGCUUAAGGUGCCAGCUACCAAUGAUAAUUUGACAAAUCUGACCUUUAACUAUAGCUCUCGGUUAAUUGAUGGCAGCCAGGUAAUUGAGGAGCAAAUCAUUCCGAAAAACAGUGCCGGCGAUUCACAGCAGAUGCGCUCAUCUAUAGAGGAAAGUCCCCGAUCUGGACCGGAUAUGCCCAAAGCCACCCACCAUGAUGCUAUAACCGAUCUGCUGAUGUGUAAGGAUAAGGGACAAAUUUAUAUAGCGUCGGCAUCGCGCGACGGCGUCAUCAAGCUUUGGAAAUAGACUAUAAUUGAAUACAUUUUAUCUGUGAUUAGUCAAAUUAAAUAUUCAUAACCUUCAUA